GGCGCCGGAAGCGGAGCAGGCGUGCGUGUGCUCCCGCUUCCGGGCCCGGUCGCCAUUGUCAGCGGUUGCUUUUCGCGGUGGGGCCGGUGGUCGUCCGGGACGAUGAGCUACGACUACCACCAGGGCUGGGGCCGCGACGCCGGCCCGCGGGGCUCCGGCCAGGGCUCUGGCGGCGGAGGGAACCGGGGCCCAGGCGGAGGAGGCGGCGGGGGCCGCGGGGGCCGGGGCCGGCAUCCCGGACACCUCAAGGGCCGCGAGAUCGGCCUGUGGUACGCCAAGAAGCAGACGCAGAAGAACAAGGAGGCCGAGCGGCAGGAGAGAGCUGUAGUAAACAUGGAUGAACGACGAGAAGAACAAAUUGUGCAGCUGCUGAAUUCCGUGCAAUCUAAGAAUGAUAAAGAUUCAGAAGCACAGAUAUCCUGGUUUGCUCCUGAGGAUCAUGGGUACGGCACAGAAGUGUCUUCAGAGAAAAAGACUAGCUCAGAGAAGAAAUUUGACAACCAGGAAAAGAAAUCGCUGAACCAAGAAAAAAAGACGUUUAGGAUCACAGACAAAUCAUACAUUGACCGAGAUUCUGAGUACUUAUUGCAAGAAAAUGAGCCAAAUGUAGGCUUAGACCAGCAAUUAUUGGAAGAUUUACAAAAGAAAAAAGCGGACCCUCGGUAUAUAGAGAUGCAGCAUUUCAGAAAAAAGCUGCCUUCAUAUGGAAUGCAAAAGGAGCUGGUAAAUCUAAUCAGUAACCAUCAGGUAACGGUAAUAAGUGGUGAAACGGGCUGUGGCAAGACCACGCAGGUUACGCAGUUCAUCUUGGAUGACUACAUUGAAAGAGGAAAAGGGUCUGCCUGCAGAAUAGUGUGCACUCAGCCGAGAAGAAUCAGUGCCAUUUCAGUUGCUGAGAGAGUAGCUGCAGAAAGGGCAGAAUCUUGCGGCAAUGGUAAUAGUACUGGAUACCAGAUUCGUCUCCAGAGUCGGUUGCCAAGGAGACAGGGCUCUAUCUUAUACUGUACAACAGGAAUCAUUCUUCAGUGGCUCCAGUCAGACUCGCGUUUGUCCAGUGUUAGCCACAUUGUACUUGAUGAAAUUCAUGAAAGGAAUCUACAGUCAGAUGUUUUAAUGACUAUUAUUAAAGAUCUUCUCAAUUUUCGAUCUGACCUGAAAGUAAUAUUGAUGAGUGCAACACUGAAUGCUGAGAAAUUUUCAGAAUAUUUUGGUAACUGUCCUAUGAUACAUAUACCUGGUUUUACUUUUCCAGUUGUGGAAUAUCUUUUGGAAGAUAUCAUUGAAAAAAUAAGAUAUGCUCCAGAGCAAAAAGAACAUAGAUCCCAGUUCAAGAGGGGUUUCAUGCAGGGCCAUGUAAACAGACAGGAAAAGGAAGAGAAGGAGGCCAUCUAUAAAGAACGCUGGCCGCUUUAUAUAAAGGAACUGCGGACGAGAUACUCUGCAAGUACCGUGGAUGUUUUGGAAAGGAUGGAUGAUGAUAAAGUUGAUCUGAAUUUGAUUGCUGCCCUUAUUCGAUACAUUGUUUUGGAAGAAGAGGAUGGUGCAAUACUGGUCUUUCUACCAGGCUGGGACAAUAUCAGCACUUUACAUGAUCUCUUGAUGUCACAAGUGAUGUUUAAAUCAGAUAAGUUUAUUAUUAUACCUUUACAUUCACUGAUGCCUACAGUAAACCAGACACAGGUAUUCAAAAAAACUCCUCCCGGCGUUCGGAAAAUAGUAAUUGCUACAAACAUUGCAGAGACUAGCAUCACCAUAGAUGAUGUGGUUUAUGUAAUAGACGGAGGAAAAAUUAAAGAGACACACUUUGACACACAGAACAACAUCAGUACCAUGUCUGCCGAGUGGGUCAGUAAAGCUAAUGCGAAGCAGAGGAAAGGCAGAGCGGGAAGAGUUCAGCCUGGUCAUUGUUAUCAUCUGUAUAAUGGCCUCCGAGCCAGCCUUCUAGAUGACUACCAACUACCAGAGAUUUUGAGAACUCCUUUGGAAGAACUUUGUUUGCAAAUAAAGAUUUUAAGGCUAGGUGGAAUUGCUUAUUUUCUGAGUAGGUUAAUGGAUCCACCAUCAAAUGAGGCAGUAUUGCUCUCCAUAAAACACCUAAUGGAACUGAGUGCUCUGGAUAAACAAGAAGAAUUGACACCUCUUGGCGUCCAUUUAGCCCGAUUACCUGUUGAGCCUCAUAUUGGAAAAAUGAUUCUGUUCGGGGCUUUAUUCUGUUGCUUAGAUCCAGUGCUCACUAUUGCUGCCAGUCUCAGCUUUAAAGAUCCCUUUGUCAUUCCACUGGGAAAAGAAAAGAUUGCAGAUGCAAGAAGAAAGGAGUUGGCAAAGGAAACUAGAAGUGAUCACCUGACAGUUGUGAAUGCAUUUGAGGGUUGGGAGGAAGCGAAGCGGCGUGGUUUCAGACAUGAGAAAGACUACUGCUGGGAGUACUUUCUGUCUUCAAACACGCUGCAGAUGCUGCAUAACAUGAAGGGACAGUUUGCUGAGCAUCUUCUUGGAGCUGGAUUUGUAAGCAGUAGAAGUCCUAAGGAUCCAAAAGCUAAUAUAAAUUCAGAUAAUGAGAAGAUAAUUAAAGCUGUCAUCUGUGCUGGUUUAUAUCCCAAAGUUGCUAAAAUCCGACUAAAUUUGGGUAAAAAAAGAAAAAUGGUAAAAGUCCACACAAAAUGUGACGGUCUGGUUUCUAUCCACCCGAAGUCUGUCAAUGUGGAGCAGACUGACUUCCACUACAACUGGCUCAUCUACCACCUGAAGAUGAGGACAAGCAGUAUUUACUUGUACGACUGUACAGAAGUUUCACCAUACUGCCUGCUGUUCUUUGGGGGAGAUAUUUCUAUCCAGAAAGACAAUGGCCAGGAAGUUAUUGCUGUGGAUGAAUGGAUUGUGUUUCAGUCCCCAGAAAGAAUUGCCCAUCUUGUUAAGGGGCUAAGGAAAGAACUGGACAGCCUUUUGCAAGAGAAGAUUGAGCGCCCUCAUCCAGUAGACUGGAACGAUACUAAGUCCAGAGACUGCGCGGUACUGUCCGCUAUUCUAGACUUGAUCAAAACACAGGAAAAGGCCGUCCCGAGGAACUUGCCACCACGGUCACAGGAGGGAUAUUACAGCUGACAGCUCUCCAUGAUGGCCUGGAACUCAUCCUGACGCCCAUGUUUCUCGCUCUCUUUUUUUGUUUUGUUUUUAGUUUUUGUCAAAAUGUCAAGCCUUGGGUUAUGAAUCACUUUUUGUGUAAGAUAGAAAUUUUCAGUGGGUAGUAAAGAGUUAUGUGCAUGUUUAAACAGUGUCGUCAAAGCUCCUGUAAAGACACUGGGAAAAGCAGUAUGCUCUCUGAUCACAUACUCUGUUGUAGAGAUGUCCACGCUCUGGGAGAAUUCUUCUUCCAUGUAUUACAUGUUGUAACAUUGAGAAAGUCCUUUAUGCUAUUAUGCAAAAUUAAUUUUCUGUCCAUAGUGACUGUCUAGAGACAGUAAAAAUAGAAUGUUUGGCCAAAAAGUAGUGUGAAGUAAGAAUUUGAAUACAACCACAUUUUUUUAAAUGAACUUCUAUUAUGAGUAAAUUUGUUGUAAUAAAGCCCAGUAUUUAAUAAAAUGUACAAUGUGUAAAUCUCAGCUAACUUCUUGGUUUGUUUUCUAAGGUUCUGCUUAUCACUAAUUUCACUUAGUUGCUCUUUUUGUUUUGUUUUUUAACUUUUUAAAAGUGUUCUUAUACCACCUUACUGUCCUGUGUAGCACAGUGUAGCAACCGAGCACAUGUCUGGAUGUGACGGGGGUUCUGUCCCGGCUCAGACUCUUCCUUAGCUGAAGGACAGGUGAAGGUUGUCAGGAAUAGACAUGCUAAUGUGUGUAGAGGACCCCACACUAGUGUCUGAUGCAGAGAAUCCCUAGGCUUUGCUACUGUUGUCCAUGAAAUAGAUUUAACAUCUAGUAAUCUCCCAUUUAUUUUUUAUACUGGUGAUCCUGGAGAUGAUUCAGCCAAGGGCCUCACGCACGAUAGACAAAGUGCUGGAUUACUGAGCCGCAUCCCCAGCCUAUAAAACACCACUCCUAUGCAUCUUUACACUCUUGAUGGGGUCUGACAGAGCGUGCUGUUCCUGGCUUGUUAGAGUGACCAGGUUUUUACUGCUCCAACGCACUUCUUGGUUUCUUGUUGGAGCCCCUAACACUGGCUUAGUGCUGUUGUUUUUCUCAUUGUAAGAUACUGGAAUUUGGUCCUAUUUCCCUCAAAAAUGAUGAGAUGACCAGGGUACGUGCACACUAUGGCCAUGGAUUUGCUGACUGCACUGGUUCAGCUGCUGCUCCCAUGUCUGAGUGUAUGUCACCUGGCGCUGUGUACAAAGAUUUGAGACUACGCUGUCCUAAAUUUGUUCUUGUGGAUUGUCUCACCAAAAGUACGUCUUUCCCUGAACUCACGGAUGGUAAUAGUUACGUCAGUUCUACAGCAUAUUAGUUUUGCCCCUCAAGUCAAGGUGUGUUUCAAGCCAGUAUUGAAUCUUCACAGCAACGGAAGCAUGCUUCAGAACUGUUUCCGGGUGAGCAACUCACAAAGAUGAGUGUGGAGUUUCUACCGCUCGUCGACGUGUCUGCCACAGCCAGGCAGAGUAGAAGGUGAGCUGCAGGCGCUCUGAAGACCCUGCUGACACUCUAGGACUGCUAACGGACAACGCAUCCCAGGCCCCAAAGUGAUGUGUUCUAUAGUGGUCUUAAAAAAUAGGUCACCAAGAAGGAAAGCCUGUGUGUUUUCUCACUUUGUACACCAGAGAAUAAGUCAGAAAAAAAACAAAAACCCUGGAACUUGCUAGAAGAAAUGAAAUUACGGCUGCAUACUGCUCUGAGAGCAUAUCAUGCCUUCCUAGUUAACUGGGAAAAAAGCUCUAGAUAAUUUUAAGUCAAUCGCAACUGUGUUUUGCUGCAUUGGUAAAAACAAAGUCUACUUUAAAAUUAUUUCAGUAUCUGCGCACCCAGACUAAGUAAAUGAUGGCGUAUUUCCCCUCAUUCUCAGCACUGUGAUUGUAUUUAUUCUUAAGUGACUAUAAUUAUGUUAUAUAUCCAUAUAUUUGUAAUAAUCCUUUUUGUUAAACAGCAUUUUUCUGAUUUUUAAAAAAAAAUGUUGACUGGAGAAUAUUUGAAAAAUGUAUCCAGCAAAGGUCAUGUUACCAUUGUUAGUUUUUGAUAUAUUUCCAUACCUUCUUUAAGCUUUAGGGCAUUGCAGAUAAUUAACCAAUUUAAGAGUAUAGUCUCAGUGUAUUUUAUCUUCUGUAUAAGACGAUGCGGCCAACCCCGCCUUGAUGAAGAACAUUACCAUCAACGUGAAAUUUCCCCUUGUCGCUUUUGCAGGCAACGUUGUCCUUACCGUGCUUCUGCCCUGCGGCCCCCAGUGACCAUCAGUGGUUUUCGCCUUUCCUAGGAUUUCCAAUAAUGGCGUCACACAGUCUGUGCGACCACCCUCUUUCACUUCAUAUAAGGCAGCAAGAUAACAUAUGUAUACUUCCUGUACCUAUUACUGAUUUUUACUGUUUAGUAUUCUCCCUUAUGAUUAUGUGAUUGUAUCCAUUUACCGCUUGGCGGUCAUUUCACGCGUUUUCAGCGUUUUUGCUGGUAAUGAAUAAAGCUGCUCUAAAUGUG